UGAUCCAAGCAAUAAUGUUGGUUCUAAGAAAGCGGCGAGCCCUCGCUCUGCGCAGAUGAAUGCUCACGAUUUGAGUCACAUAUUUGGGGCUGCACAGCCGCGUAGAAGAAAGGCUGUGCAUCCCUUCUUACCUGCAAGCAAGGCACCAGCUCCACCUUUUUUGGACAAAACCCCUAGAGUCAAUGCCAGUCCUCGCAGUUUAAAGCCAACUUUGAAUUCCCAGAAUUCAGAAAAUGCGCGACCAUUGCCGAAAGAUGUCCUGAAAAGUAGUGGACCAGCUUCAGAAAAUCGUAAUGAUGAUUUGGCAAGUAGGGCAACCAGUCCAAUUUUAGGCUCUUCUGGUCCACGUCGGCCUUUCAAAAAGACGCAGGUUGUUAAAUCCACUCAAGCUAGGCAGCAUACUAAAGAUGCUACUGAUUCAUUCUGUGUUUUGUGCUCAAAAUCAAAGCCAGAUGGCAGCGUAAACUGCGUAAAAUGUUUAAAGCCAGUUCACGCAAUUGACAGCUGUUCGGUUCCAGUUCCUGGGAGUCAGGACUCGACAAACCCGAAACGCUUGUGCACUUCUUGCAAAAAGAGUUGCCCAGGUACCGAUGAAUAUUGGUCGUUUGAAAACUGGAAGGGAUAUGGCAAGCCUGUGAAAAAAGGCAGUUACUACGGCAGUCCACAACCGGAUUUAAAGCUGCGUGCAGACAACAAUAUGCAGUCAAAGCUUAAGCCGCUUCAAAAUGGUGGCAACAUGAGCCUACGAGCGCGAAAGUGUGGGAAGGUGACUGUGUCCCUAACCAACACAUGUGGUUUUGAUUCCCUCGUACACGUGUUUGCCACUGCCUAUUGUGAUAGCCCAGCCUUUAGAGAAUUGGCUACUGCAAGCGAGUCCCCAAUUUUGAAGCUAGCUUCGCAAAUUGUUACCAAAGGUGUAAACGAUGCAGCAUACCAAGCCAGGGCCCAAUUGCUAUACGAACAUCUUCCUCACGGAACUAUGUCAAAAAAGCUCGUGACACUUGAUUGCGCCAUGACGCCUGAGUUUUUAGCAGUAAAACUGAACGGACCAGUUUCCAUGUUAGAUGCAGAAACAUGCUCUUCUCAGGUCUGUCCCCGUGAUCGUUGUGGAUCAAAUCUGAUUGUACUUACUGCCAACACGCAAACUCUUUUGAGGGAUGGCAUAGAACAACUUGAAAGGUGCAUUCACGACAACAUGGUAUUUAGUACUUCCCAAUGUAUGCAGCCGUUCAAGGAUGGAUUGAACGACAUCUGUGGUGACCCGGAUUAUGUUACAAACUUUCCACCGGACCCCACGUUCUCCAAAUAUGUACUGUGCUCUGGCGUUGUCGAGCACGUAUACACAAUGCAGCAGACCGUUCUUAUUUCCAUUCCUGGUGUUGGAAAUGAAAGAUGUGGGUAUGAGUAUGAGAGUCAGGGCAAAGGAACGGCUACCUUUGAAACAACAUAUAAGUGUCGUUUAAGUCAGAUACCAAUAUCGCUUGACCUUUUGGGUACUACUUACACUCUGCGAGGAGCAAUUGGAUUCAAUGCACCUUAUGUAGCAUCAAGGCGAUACAACUUCAAGAAGGAGGGAAGGUCAUUAUGUCACAUUCUCUCGACGGAUUGGAGGAAGUUGGCAGAUAUUUGAUGAUCUAAGAACGAAGCACGAAAAUCUUAAAACCGACAAGGUCAUUUCGGUUUGCAUGCUACUCUACACGAUGUAAUCAUUAUUGACAUAUUUGUAACUAACAAUUGUAUUACAAUUCAUAAGCUUUUUUUCUUAAACGAGGUUUUUUAUACAUAAGUGUUAGGUCAUAUAACCCAUGUGCAUUCAAAUUAAUAAACCCGAAUUGAAGACCUAAGAGUGUAAGCAUCAUAACGAAGCAUUGAAUUAAGAACAAUUUCAGUCGGUAAAUAAUUAAAUAAUAAUCUUU